AAAUUCGCGUCGUGUUUUACGCUGAGAAAAAAUACGAAACUGAAGAUAGCUCCAAAUGACCCGAUUGGGAUAAAAAGUAAAAAUGCAUCGGCUAAAAUCUUCACAAAGAGACAAAGUACGUCAGUUUAUUGCGUUCACACAAACUGGUGAAAAAACUGCAAUCAACUGUUUGAGUCAGUGUGACUGGAAAUUGGAACUAUCAGUGGACAAUUAUUAUCAGAAUCCUGAUAGAUUUAACAAAGAACCAAAAGCCACCUUAGAUCGUAAACGACUAGAACAGUUAUAUUUGAAGUACAAAGAUCCCCAUGAAGAUAAAAUAACAGCGGAAGGUAUAAUGAAGUUUCUGGAGGAUCUCCAUCUGAACCCAGAGAGUCGUGUUGUGCUCAUCAUCGCAUGGAAGUUUAAGGCAGCGACUCAGUGCGAAUUCACAAAAGAUGAAUUCCUCAAUGGAAUGGUAGACUUGGGGUGUGACUCAAUGGAGCGAUUACGUGGGAAAUGCAGUACUUUGGAACAAGAAAUAAGAGAUGCCAAUAAAUUCAAAGAUUUUUACCAUUUUACGUUUAAUUACGCCAAAAACCAAGGACAAAAAGGCCUAGAUUUAGAUAUGGCCAUUGCGUACUGGAAUAUAGUCAUGAAUGGAAAAUUUAAGUUUCUCGACCUCUGGUGUAAAUUUUUAGAAGAACAUCAUAAAAGAUCGAUUCCCAAAGAUACGUGGAAUCUUCUAUUAGACUUUAGCAACAUGAUUGAUGACGAGAUGAGCAACUAUGAUGAAGAGGGGGCCUGGCCUGUUCUGAUUGAUGACUUUGUGGAAUAUGCGCGACCAAUCGUACAAGGGCCUAAAUCUACAUCUGUAUGAUAAACAGUUAGAGACAUCUAUAGGAAUUUAUACAAACUAACAAUUGGUUGCAGAAAUUGGAAAUUCUGUCAGGAGUUCUCAAAUUAGUACUGAGCAAUUAAUCUGAGCAAUUAAUCUGAGCAAUUAAAGCGGCAGAAAACUUGAAAAGUGGCGUCAGAUUCAGAGAUGUUGAAAAUUAAGCAGUGUUUGCCCCAGGAAUUUUUCUCAAUAGGAUGCAGUAUCAUUAAUUUAUUUACAUAUUCCGAACAGAAUUGUCCAAAACUUGGCAAUCGGGGCAAAUAUCCUAUUUUUAGAAUUGUUACUCAUGCGUAUGGAAAUGCAUUGUGAUAUGACCUUUGACCUUAUCUGCGUCUUUCUCGCUUCUAACCAGUUCAUUUUAUUGCCAGCUUUUUUGUUUUUUGGGAUUUUUUGAAUAACAGGCACUUUUAACUUCUGCAAUUUUUUAUCACUUAGCUGUAUUUCUUAAAAUUCACUUCAAAGCACAAAAAUAUAGAUGCUUUUAAUGAAAAAAUGAAUAGAUACAGCAUAACUUUUUAUUCAAAAUUAACAUUUGCUUGGAAGAAUAGUCCUU